AUGAGUCAACAAGGUUAUGUUGCUGCACCCCCAUACUCCCAAGCCCAGCCAGGGAUGGGGGGCUACCAAGGUGGAUUUGGAACUGGUCUUGCACAGCCCCUCCAUGGGCACUAUGGGGGACCGCCCCAGGCAUUCACCGCUCCAACAACAGGUAUGAUGAAAUCACCAGUUUCCUCUGCUGCCGGUAUGCCUCCACCCCCAGGGCCCAGUCAGUACAAUCCAAAUGUCCAUCAGAAUGGUGCACAUCAUCAAAGAUACCCUGCUCCACCAGCUGUUUCUGCUUCUUAUGGACAACCGCUACAGUCCCAAUACAACAGCAUGGCCUCUCCAGCCCCGCCUCCAAUGCAGCAGCUCACCAAUCAGAUGAGUGCUGUGAACUUCGGCAACUAUGCCUCAGGUCCCAUGCAGAGCCCUCCUCUUCCAGCAAGCUCUGUAGCCCAGCAGCCUUUCCAAACACCCCCUCCUUCAGCAAUGGGCCAGCCACAGAUGCCUCCAGUCCUGCAGUCACCCCACAUGUCCCCCCACAUGUCCCCCCAGAUGUCUCCACCACAGUCACCCCCAGCAAACAUGCAAAUGGCAGGCCAACCAAUGUCAGGCCCACCGAUGUCAGGCCCCCCAAUAGCAGGCCCACCUAUGACAGGCAUGGGUAGACCCUUCCCUGGGCCACCUGCUCCAGGCGCCAGAGGUUUCCAGCAGCCUGGUCCCGGAGUUGUUGGUCCACCAGGAUACCCACAGCAAGCAGGUCAGUUUGGGGGAAACAUGGCUGGGCCCCAUCCAGGCAUGCCAGGAGCCUUCCCUGGAGCACCAGGCGGACUGGCGGGACCACCUCAGAAGAAACUAGACCCUGACUCUAUCCCCAGCAUAACUCAAGUCAUUGAGGAUGACCAAGGAAAACAAGGGGGAACGGUCUACAAAACAAACGUCAGAGGACAGGUUCCACCUCUCGUUACCACCGACUUCACAGUACAGGACCAAGGCAACGCCAGUCCCAGGUUCAUACGCUGCACCACCUACUCCCUACCCUGCACCGCCGAUCUGGCCAAACAGUGCCAAGUGCCCCUGGCUUCCAUUAUUAAGCCCUUUGCCAGUUUGCAAAAGAAUGAGACUCCACUAUAUGUUGUGAACCAUGGUGAGACAGGCCCAAUCCGCUGCAAUCGAUGCAAGGCCUACAUGUGUCCCUACAUGCAGUUUAUUGAUGGGGGGCGUCGCUACCAGUGCGGUUUCUGCAACUGUGUCAAUGAAGUGCCAGUCUUCUAUUUCCAACAUCUUGACCACAUGGGCCAGAGGGUGGACUUCUACGAGAGGCCUGAACUGUCCCUGGGAUCCUAUGAGUUUGUAGCCACCUUGGAUUACUGCAAGAACAACAAGCCUCCGAAUCCUCCCGCCUACAUCUUUAUGAUUGACGUGUCCUAUAACAACAUUAAAAGUGGACUGGUCAAACUGAUAUGUGAUGAGCUGAAGACUCUACUGGAGAAUCUGCCCAGUGAGGAAGGUAUGGAGAGCUCUGCCAUUAAGGUGGGCUUUGUCACCUACAACAAGGUCCUGCACUUCUACAACGUGAAGAGCGCUUUGGCCCAGCCUCAGAUGAUGGUGGUUUCAGACACAGCGGAGAUGUUUGUCCCACUGCUUGAUGGCUUCCUCGUAAACUAUCAGGACUCAAGGGCUGUUAUCUACAACCUCCUGGACCAAAUCCCUGAUAUGUUUGCAGACACCAACGAGAGUGAAACAGUCUUUGUUCCUGUCAUCCAGGCCGGUGUGGAGGCAUUCAAGGCAGCAGAAUGUAGCGGAAAGCUCUUCAUCUUCCACUCUUCCAUGCCCACGGCUGAGGCUCCUGGCAAACUGAAGAACAGGGAUGACAAAAAGCUGGUCAACACUGAAAAGGAGAAAACUCUGUUCCAGCCUCAGAAAGGAGUGUAUGAGCAGCUGUCUAAGGACUGUGUGGCACAGGGCUGCUGUGUGGAUCUCUUCCUCUUUCCCAGCCAGUACAUGGACAUAGCAACCAUGGCUGAUGUGCCCUCGCACACCGGAGGCUCCGUCUACAAGUACAACAACUUCCAGGUGGAGACUGAUGGGGAGCAUUUCCUGAGAGACCUGAGAAAAGACGUGCGGAAGAGCAUCGGAUUUGAUGCCAUCAUGCGUGUUCGUACAAGUACAGGUUUCAGAGCCACCGAGUUCUUUGGUGCCAUCCAUAUGAACAACACCACAGAUGUAGAGAUGGCAGCUGUGGAUUGUGACAAGGCUAUAACUGUAGAGUUCAAGCACGACGACGCGCUCAGUGAGGAGACUGGGGCACUCAUGCAGUGUGCCUUGCUGUACACCACCAUCAACGGACAGCGACGUCUCCGCAUCCACAACCUCAGUCUGAACUGCAGCUUGCAGUUGUCGGAGCUGUUCAAGAGCUGUGAGACUGACUCACUCAUCAACUUUUUCUCCAAAUCAGCUUGCCGUGCCAUAUUGAACCAGCCUCUAAAGAAUGUGAGGGAGAUCCUGGUCAACCAGACGGCCCACAUGCUGGCCUGCUACAGGAAAAACUGUGCCAGCCCCUCUGCUGCCAGCCAGCUGAUCCUGCCAGAUGCCAUGAAGGUGUUCCCGGUCUACGUAAACAGCCUUAUGAAAACUGCUCCCUUGGUCGGCAGCACCGAGCUCUCAACAGAUGACAGAGCCCAUCAAAGGCUGGCCAUCAUGGGCAUGGGGGUGGAGGACACACAGCUGCUGCUCUAUCCACGUCUCACCCCACUGCACAACAUGGAUGUCAGCAGCGAGGCUCUGCCUGCUCCAGUGCGCUGCUCGGAGGAGCGUCUGACAGACUCUGGCAUGUUCCUGCUGGAGAAUGGCCACUCCAUGUUCCUGUGGCUGGGUCAAGCGAGCCCCCCAGACCUCAUCCAGAGCAUCUUUAACCUGCCCUCCCUCGCCCACCUGCAAGGAAACAUGUGUGCGCUGCCAGAACUGGACAACCCAUUGUCAAUCAAGGUCCGAUCCAUCAUCAAUGGCCUGAUUGAAAAAAGGCCGAACUCUAUGAAGCUCCAAAUCGUGAGGCAGAAGGACAAACCAGAGAUGUUGUUCCGUCAGUUCCUGGUGGAGGAUAAAGGCCUGCACGGCGGAGCUUCCUACAUGGACUUCCUUUGCUACGUUCAUCGAGAGAUCAGGCAGCUGCUCACUUAACCCCCCCGAACGCUCGGCCUCAGUGUUCCCUUUCCUCACUGGCCUGGGAGAAGCACGCCAUCUAACGGACCAUGCACAAACCUUACAGGGUCAGUCUCAGUUGGCUCCAUUUAAAUCUUAAGGACGGUCCACAGAAAGAAACUUUUUAAGUGUUUUACAAAGACAGAGAAAAAAACCAGGAACCAGGGAGAGCCUUUUGAGAUUUAUUCUUGAGAGUCAAAAGCUGCCUUUCCAAAAAUGCUUUUGUCACACGUUAGUGUACACACAGUAUGAUCUUCAAAUAACCACUUGUCCCUUGAGGAAUUUCCAAACAUUUUCUGCACAGAUACUUUGUGUGAUGGACUGUGGAGACUGGAAUGACAUCAGUGUCUAAAGCUGAAAUGCAUUAUGGUACAACGCCUAUGAGCAUAAGCAAUACACCAUAUAUCUCCACAGUGCAGUCAACUGAGUUUUGCAUUUUAUUUUGUAGAUUUACAGGAUCAAGACAAGGGGUUAUUUGUGGUCAAUACUGUAGAUACUGUCAAAUACUUAAGAAUUCAGUAAAGUUAGCCAGUCUUUGUUAUACACGACUUUCUCCCAAGGAGUCUCAGUAACUCAUUUUAAAAUCUUAAUUUCUUUUUUAACAAUUAAUGCACAAAUACAUUAUACAAUAUUUAAAUGACUUAUGAAAGGGUUCUACAUUUGUACACACUUUUGCUGUCCUGUGGAAAAUGUCCUAAAAUAAACCUACACGCAAGUAGUGUAUCCACAGUAUUAGAUUUUUCAUAAUUCAGCAGAAACAAUGCCGCUGUUGCCAGGAUUGAACAUUAUUCCUGUCAUUACACCAUGAGUGAUUCAAAACAUUCGAUUCACACAUGCCCCCACCAACAACAAAAAAACUCAAAUUCUUUGACCAUUUAUAGCAGAGACUUGAUCUUGACAGCGUGCAGUGACACAAAAAAAAACAUUUUGUUUUGGUGUUCUGAGAUUACAAUGAAGUGAACACAGCUGUUGCUCUACAUGGAGAAGAACAAACUCCUGUGUCCUGAUGACAAAUGACACAUUUUUCCUACAUUGCACAAGUCAGAAUUGGAACUAAAAAAGGGAUGAUUAAGGGAGUGGAUUGCUAACAGUGCUGAGAGGCAUCAAAGGGAAGUUUAGGGACCAAAUAUCAAGCUUUUCCCUACACAUCAUACAACAAUCUACCAUGAAAAAUAAUGAUCUGUUCUUCUUGUUGGGAUUCGUUUUGAGAAACACUUUCAGCCACUCCAACAAUGCCAUAUUAUAAUGGAAAUAAAAGGUGCCAACUGACAAAUCUGACUUGUGCAGGACAAUAAAAUCAUCAGUUACUAUUGGAUCAAAGUUUUUGUCAGCAGACGUUUUAGUGUUAAAGAAGCCAAAUUCAGUAAAAUCUUGUUACACUAACUAUAAUCUGCAAAAUUGUCUGUAAUGAUGAUAUGUAACAUUUCAGUCUUGAGUACAGCAAUAGCAUCAUACUGUAUUGCAUUGCUUGUCUUUAUAGAGGCAAUUGCCUCUGUGUAAUUCAUGUAUGCAUUUGAUAAAUAUUGUACGAUUUUGUCUAUGUGUGGCCUACAAAAAGUCUUUUUGUACAUGAAAUACACAACCUAUGUUUUCAAACUAUGACCAUUUGCCUUAAGUUCAUAUGAUAGUUUUAGAAACAUGUGUUAAAGUAUAAGUCCUAGAGGUCUAUUUCAAUCUUUUUGGUUUGUAUGCAAACUUAUCUCAGGAAAUUUGAGUACCUUAAUAUUUAAAGAAGUGAUUUCAAUUGAACUGGAAAGAUGGGACGGUUGUUUUUUGAGUUGACUUAUGGACAUUCACGGGCGUUGUGUGCCAUGUAUAUUUUAUUCCAAACCCUUAACAAAUUUUGUCUGAAUUAAAUUCUUGACAU